AUGUUGUUUUGUUAUAGGGAAAUAACAGACUCCUUUCGACAUCGUUACCUUCAGAACCUCCAUGAAAACAGAUAUAAAGAGGAGGAGGAUAAAAACCCUGAUAACCAUGACAGGGCCUUAUUAAAUCAACUUAUAGGUGACUGGCUUGGGGGGUUAGAAGACCCUGAGGGCAGUGGACCCGAGAUACUCUCACGACCUAAUCAGGACGAAGUAAAGGAUUCCGCAUCAAGGCCGCCACAAAGCAGAUACCACGAUCUUAUUUUAGAAUCAUCCGCAUAUGCCUGGUUGGUUGAUCAACUUCGCAGAGAGCUGGUAUUGUCUCCGCAAGAGCCGAAUCAUCCAAAAACCAUUCGCGAACAUCUAUUCAAGAUACUGCCAAAAUCGGAUACACUCAGUCCCAAAAACACCCCAAGAUUAUUUACUCUCUUACUCAACAUUCGUUGGGAUGUACGCAAGUUCAUUGAGGAGCAGGGUUACCGCGAAUCCCCUGAUGACGCUCUGGCUUCAGCCAUUACCUUAACAGGGUCUACAGAGGAUGCACAAGCCCUUCGAUGCACCGACUACAUGAAACAGACCUGGCCAGGGUCAGGGGAACACAUUAUACAGCUGGUCAAAGAUCUUCUUCUUUCUAAUAAUUCAGAUCAAUGCAAAGUUCGAUUAAACGACCGCACAGAGGUUGCGGGCGUUAUCCAUGACAAGCAUAUAAUAAUCAAGGCUACUGGGUUAGUACAUAGCCUGGCAGAAAUUUCAGAGCAGUUCACAUGGCUUGCAGCUGCUCUUCACACCUCUCCGUAUAGUUUUGGAGUUGCGUCAUGCAACCCAUCUUUCUUUUUCCAUUCUUCAGAUCCGAUGCCGUCUUUCAGUGCUGAGCUCCCUGAGCUGCCAGGUCCUCGAUGCAACGUGUUUGGUUAUAUAGAUUGCACGGUACGCCCCCGAGCCCUUCAGGGAGAAGCUCAACAAGGUAAAUGCUGGCAUGGGUUGUUCAAAAAUCCAAUUGUGGUCAAAGGCUUCCCGAUUCCUCGCAGGCCUGAGCCUAACACCGGUCUCGAGCUACCUCUAGAUAUUUUAGCUGGCUUGACGCAGACAAAUCGCCUAGGCUAUUUUGCAGAGAGAACUGUCAUCAAAGGUUUCUCAACCAUGUUGCUUGCAACCAAGCGAGCGCCUGACAUACUAAUAUGGCAUUUACUUCUUAAGCGGGAUGGGAGUCGAAUAUCCUACCUGGAAAGCAAUAAACAUGAUGGGGGCCAUUUCAAUAAUGACGUCAUCAAUUCUUCUCGACACAUCGUGGGUUGGUGCUCAGAAGUUCGAUACUAUGCCGGAGCAGCCGAUUCUUCAUAUGAUGUCGCAAAAUCUCGGCUUCCAAAGCCUCACAAAGGUUGCGUUCUGGAGAAGGAGUUUAUUAGAAGCGGACACACAAUCAUGGGUGGUCUUCCAGCCCUUGGUCGUAAAGAUAUGCCGUCCUAUGUAUCGCGCUUUGGAUACCUGCCCAAAUUGAAAUGGCUCUCGAAAAAAUUUGUGUUGCUGUGGGAUGAGGAUGAAAAGCGAGGCUGGUUGGUCAAUGGGACCAGUGCCCUGCUACAUCUCCUCCGCCAAUCUUUGCAACACGAUGCAGCCGAUAUAUUCAAGACGGAGUUCCUGUUUCACUCUGAUCAAAUACACGAGAGUUCUCACCCGUACAAGGUUAACUCUGCAAUUGAUGUUCUUCUGAACAGCUCCAACAAAAAACUGAAACUGUACCCAGAAAAAGACGAAUUCAUUCGCCUGGAAGAUCGGGUGGAGCAGAUUGGUGAGUCACUUGAGAAGAUUAUUGACUACCAGCUUCUUGGAAUCCGAGGAGGCACCGACUUCAGGGAUAUUCCUCGGAAUUAUCUGGAAGGGUGGGACUUUGACGAUAUUGCCACAGAUCAUGAUCCAUCUUUCCCUCGCGUGGCAACCCUCCAUCCCACCGCUGAAAGCUGGGUUGACUUUGUGAGAUCCAUCCAGGCGGUUACUUUGUUUGGGAGAGGAUUCGGCGAUAUUCUUGUCCCUGAAGGUCCAGAGCUGUGCAACUACUGGAAACGCCUACCUAAAGGGAGAUAUCUCAUAGGUGCCAGUGUCGCUGACCUCCAGCGUGUCAUGCUGCUGGGUGGUGACCAGACAACAAACCCUAUAAAGCUGAGUGAUGAAAUCAUCUGGCACUCUCCGUACGGGGCGAUGGACCCCUGUGAGUGCACUUGGAAUGGCAGUAAAUGUCAUUCUGAUCUAGUUCAAGUCCUUCUUCCGUCGUCAUUUGGUAGAAAACUGCCAGAAAUGGACCCGCCUCGCUUGGAGCCAGAAGGCGCUGUGAUAUUUGGUCACAACUCCAGCUUCAAGUGGACUAGAGACGAUCGUGAUUUUGGGGACCCUGAAGAGUUGCAAUCCCCAGUACAGGACAGUGGGCUUGGGCAGAGCCUGACCUCGUCUCGUUUAUCGUAUCCUUCUAGGUCGACACUGUCCCGCCAAAGCAGCGAAUUCGAUUCAGAAUGUAGAGCCCAUCAUAUUGGGUCUACCGCACUGGCUGAGAUCAGGAACCCGUCCAUCGUGCCUGACGCCAAAUCCGCAUCGCCCACUUGUGACAACUACACGGUAGGGGUUGUUUGUGCUUUGCAUCGAGAGCUCCUGGCAGUGCGAGCAGUCUUCGAUAGUAAACACACUAAUUUCCCAAUGCCUUCCGGAGACACAAAUCACUACGCGCUGGGACGAAUCAAGCACCACAAUGUCGUCGCGGCAUGUCUGCCAUCGGGGCAAUAUGGUACUAACUCAGCUGCCAACGUUGCAUCACACAUGGUGAGAAGCUUUCCCUCGUUGAAAUUCUGUCUCUUGGUGGGUAUCGGAGGUGGUGUGCCCUCUGCUGAAAACGACAUCCGCCUGGGUGAUGUAGUUGUCAGCUGGCCCACCGACGAGUACUCCGGCGUGAUUCAGUACGACCUCGGGAAAACCCUCAAAGACGGCGAGUUUAGACGAGUAGGCUUUCUAAACGGCUCGUCCAGCUUCCUCAUGACCGCACUCAGCAGCCUGAGAUCCGACCCAGACAUCUCCGCAGAGACACAGCUCCUCGCCCACGUCCACCAAAUCGAAGACCGUCGACCAGACUAUAAAAGCCCAGGUCCAGAGCAUGACAAACUCUACGAAUCAGACUGCGUUUCCAGCCCCAGCCCCAGUCUUCAAACAUGCACAUGCCCCGAACUCCCCAGACCCCCCCGCAAAGACCCCUACCCCCGCAUCCACUACGGCCUCAUCGCGUCCGGAAACCAAGUCAUCCGCGACAACGUCACCCGGGACCGCCUCGCGCGCCAACACAACGUCCUCUGCUUCGAAAUGGAAGCUGCGGGCAUCAUGAACACAGUCCCCUGUCUUGUCAUCCGCGGGAUCUGCGACUACGCCGACUCCCACAAAAAUAACCUCUGGCAGGGAUAUGCCGCUGCGACCGCCGCGGCCUACAUGAAGAUAUUUCUGUCGGCUACGCGGGCGACAGACGAUGGGGGUCUGGGUGAGGUGCGCCCGGCAGGAGCUGGAGCUGGAGUUGAAAGUAGAAUGAAACGCGCGAUGAGUUGGACGCCAUCCGACGAUGCGCAGCCGUUGAAGAAGGCCAGACGGUGAUGGCUGGAUGUUGGAUAUGGAAUGUGGGAUUUGGGAUUUGGGAUUAUGGAGGAGGAAUUUCCGCUGU